AUGUCCGAUGAUUGCUUGGCUCCUCCUCCCGCUAAUGGCUUCGAGUAUGACAGACGUGAAUGUCUUCAAGUUUUGAUCGAUGUUCAGCAGAGUGGAAAGAAAGGCAAGGUCAUCAAAGAAAUGCUAGAGAAGAAAUAUGUUCCACUUAAGCAGUCAUCGAUCUAUGAGUUGUUUCGGAAGUUUCAACAACAUAGGGAGGAUGGUGGCUCUCUGGAUACAUUUCCUAAUGAUCGCUGGCAUAUUCCAAAAGGAAGAGAGCCAUUCCUUUUGGAUAAUGAAGUCAAGGAGAUUGCUGAAUGGUUGAAACAACAACCAGGUAGAACAAUCGACCAUGACGAGCUGAAAGCUAUGAUGAUGCAGAAGAGGAAGGACCGACUUGCCGCUGAUGAUAAAAUCAUAUUGUGUGACUCUAUGACAACUCCAUGCAAAGAUACAAUUGACAACUACUCUUUGACAAUCACAGAUUUAGCUUGUGGAAGUGUAAUCAAGAAAGCCAUUCCCAAAACACCAACUCGCUUUACGGCGGAGCGUUCUGUUCGGUCAGCUGCCGCAUUCAUGGCGACCGUUGUUGCUACCCACUACAGAGUUGUGUCAGAGCCAGUUGACAAGGUGGAGCAAUAUCUAUCAGAGAUCACCAAUGAGCAGCAUUCAUUAUGGAAUCAAAGAUUCGUCUAUGAAAUUGCUAGCCGAUUGAAUGAGAACAGGUACUUGUGUCCUGUCAAGACUCGAUAUCUGGCUUCCAUUGAUGAUACAACUGAAUGGGCUGUCCCGGGGAAGAACAGGGAAGUGGGAAACAAACCCGUUUUCACUGCUUUGACUUCUUUCAAUUUGAAACUUAGUGUCCGAUCUCUAUUUAAGAAAUCAAAAGCAUCUGCCGUGGCAACUGGCAUGAGACUCAAAGUCACUCAUAUCAUGACGGCUGCAGGCACUAAUGGACCAGUGUGGAUUUCUGCUACUGGAUUGACAGAGCGAGAGUUGCCCAGAAGCAAAUGCCCAUCCGGUGUUUUAGUUUUGGAAAUUGAAGGUCUUCAUAUUGGUGGCGGUGGAGUGACUGCCUUUGGAGAACAAAAUGGUUUUGUGAUGUUCGUCAGAAAUGACGAUGACAAACUGACUGAAAAAGUCAAAGUCGAAGCUUUUCUGGAUAGGUGCUUAUUUCCUUUUGUGUCUCGUCUUCGCCAAAAACGAGGAUGGCAACCAGGCACCCCAGUCCCGGACAGCAUGACUUUUGUUACAUGGUUAGAUGGAGAGAUGGCACAGCUUGCCACUACAGUUGAUCCAGGAAUGAUUGGAAAACUAAACCAUUCCAAAAUCAUUGUCAACAAGCAGUCGGCAGCAAGGUCAGCGGUAGAGCAGCCGUGUGAUGCAUCUCCGAUCUUUAAGCAUAUGCAUCUUCUUUCGAAAGAGUGUACCAUGAUUGAUGUCGAAAAAGGUGCUUGCGACUACAAGGACUCUGUUGUUGGUAUCUUCGGAGUUGCGAAAGAAACAGCAGGACUCAAUUUGGCUUCUCACAGGCUUGCUGCCUGUGUCGACUUUAUUGCUUGCUAUCCGAAGAACGCUACUAAAGCAGUGAAUACUGAGAGUGUUUCUGCUGGUUUUGCAGAUGUUGGUAUGCUGGGAAAGAGCAGGCGUACUGAGUAUGCUUUUCCAUCAUUGCAUGGAAUGAUCCAUACUCUUGGAAUGAAUCAUUACCCCCAAGAUCUGAUCGAUCUCUUCAAAAACAGCUUACCCCGUUUGGUCCAGGAAGUGUAUGACAAAGGUCAUGUCGAAGAAGCUGUGUUUGACGAGCUGGAAUUCCAAGUCGACAAAAACUAUGAGGACGAGGAUGUACUCAAACAGCAGAGCAUUUCCCAAGAACAAAUGCAGCGAGCCAAAUGUCUCACUCAUGAACACCAAGUGGAGUUACGGGCGGCAAGACUUGUAGAGGCCAGAGCCAAACAGAAAGAAAAGUUUGACAAAACUGUGAACGACUAUACGACAUUGCUGAAAUCCAGCCAGCUUUGUACGGAGAAACUGUUAAAAGAGUCUGAUAUUGCUGGUGACACCAAAACGUUGGAAGUGGCCUCGCAAAGGAGAUAUCUCUGA